AUGAACCAGCUUUUCCCACCAAAACCGACUUUCACAGAACAGAACCUGUCGAACCAAGCAGGCAGAGUCUUUAUCAUCACAGGCGGGGCAUCCGGCAUCGGAUUAGAACUCUGCAAGAUCCUUUACGCAGCCAACGCGACUAUAUAUAUCGCAACACGUUCAAGCGAGAAGAUAGCCACGGCAACCAAGACCAUCAAGACCAUAUACCCAUCAAGCAAUGGCCGACUCGAGCCACUCAUCCUCGACCUCGCAGAUCUGAAAACAAUCAAGCCAGCAGUCGAAACUUUCCUUGCCAAAGAGACAAGACUAGAUGUACUGGUACACAACGCCGGCGUCAUGAUGCCGCCUCAAGGCAGCAAAACUGCCCAGGGCCACGAGUUACAGAUCGGCACAAACGCGCUUGGCCCGUUUCUCCUAACACAGUGCCUGGAGGAGAGAUUACAGGCUACCGCUCGGCUUGAAGGGAUGCCAAGAGGACGCGUGAGAGUAAUCUGGGUCGCGAGUAUGAUAUCGCUUGGAGCACCCAAAGGUGGUGUAAUCUGGGAUGACGCCAAGGGUGCGCCGAAGCUGUCUGGUGAUUCUAUGAGCGAUUACAUGCAGGGCAAAGUCGGCUGCGUUUUUCUUGCGGAUGAGUUUGCAAGGCGAGUGAAAAAAGAUGGCAUCAUCUCUGCGAGCGUGAAUCCAGGAAUAGUCAAGACAGAGUUGCAGAGACAUGCUCCAGCAGCAAUGAGUGUCGUAAUGGGUGUCGUUUUCAAAGGGCCUAAAUACGGCGCUGUGGCAGGCGCUUACAGCGAGCUCUUUGCAGCUUGUUCACCAGAUGUCUCUGUAGAGAAGUCUGGUUCGUACAUUAUCCCGUGGGGAAGAUUCGGGUGUAUCCUGGAAGACAUUGCGGAGAGAAUGAAGCCGGGAUCAAGCGGGAAGAAGUUCCUGGGAAAGAAGUUUUGGAACUGGUGUGAGAGGGAAACCUUGUCUUAUCAAUGA